GUGUGUUGGGGAACUGAAUUUGAAGAAGAUGGAACGCAGGCAGAAUCAAACUCCGCAAGGUUUGAAAUUAACCAAUAAAAGUUUUAAUUUUUCAUCAAUUUCAUAAUAGGUCUGGAGUUACCAUUGUUCUGCGUGGAAAUUUGCAGGCCAAAUAGCUAGGGUUUUGGUUGAAUUUUUGGAGGUGGCUAUUACCGCUGUUGUUUUUCUCAAUGGGGUUUAUCCUUCUGUUUUCAUUAUUUGAGUUUGUGUGUGCAAAAGGUGCCUUCGAACGGAGAAGGUAUAGGAAUGUGGUGAUUCAAAGGGCUCGCCAUCCUCAGCUUAGAUAUUACAUACAUGCUACUGUUACUGGGCUUCUACCCUUUGUCCAAAAGGGAAUGGUGGAGAGAGUAGCUGUUAUUUUCUUCAAUGCUGACAAUGUUCCAUUGGAGAAAUUUGUAUUCAAGCUUGCAGUAAACCAAGCUUAUGGUUCAGAGGUGGAAGAGGUUGAUCUUGAGAUCUCUCUCAGAUCAUUUCUGAUAAAACUGUCAAACUCAAAAUCUCUUUCUAAAGGGCUGCCUCCUGAUUGCAGGUGGGAGAUUACUGCUUAUUUUCGAUCCCUACCGGAGACUGGUACAAGCAAAGAAGCAGAGUUGUGGAUCCCAACUGACACGAAACAGUGGCAGCAGCCUCCACUUAUAACCCCUAUCAAAUCAAUGAGUAGUGAACCUCUGUGUUUGCAAUUGUACUUGGAGCAUCCAAGUUUAUCAGAAUCAUUGCUUUGAGAAUAUAUAAACAUUUGUGGUAAGAAAGUAGGAACAAAAUUUCAUAGCAAAGU